ACGCGACCGCCUCGCGUCUCGGUGUGCCAGGGGCUGGCUGGUACCUGCCCGGGUCCUUUCACCUCACACCCGCCCUCACGUCCAAUUACACGUGGACAGCAGCCAGUAUGGAGCCUGAAGAGAGUGGCUAUGCCCAUGAUGAUCACAGAGCGGCGUUCAUUUUUGGGCAAGAUGACGAGACUGACCGGGUCUCACGCCCGGCGAAACGCAGGAAGAUCUCAGCAAAGGCAGCCGCUGUAAAGCCCAGAGGCGGGGACCAUUUUCAGCCUGGGUCGGAGUUUGUGCCGCUGUUUCAUGGCGCAGAGAACCAGGAGUUUGUAAACCAGCGGCAGGCGCUGUUCACCGAUGCCUGGACCGAAAUUGACGCCCGGAUACAGCAUGUCCUCAAGGAGUCGAACCGCAGUACCUUGGACGCAGUCGCCUCGUUCGUGGGCGAAGCCCACGCGGUGGAGGAUUCCAAGAUUCGAGCAGCACUGAUCGUCACGGGGCCCAACAUCUCGUCGCAGGGCCUCUUGUUCGAGCAGUUAGGCGAAGGCUUGGGCGGCACUGCCAACGGGCCCUUUGUCAGGCUCAGGUCGGCGGAAGCGCCGAACCUAAAGGCAACGCUGAAAAAGAUCAUCCGCGAUGCCACGCAGCCGUCUCCCGACCACGGAGAUGAUGCUGAACUGUCUGUUGGGAAAGAUGGUCGCAAGUAUCUUGAUUAUGACUUGGAGGCGCUGCAUACACAUGUGAAACACCACUCGGCAAAACAAGUCAUUGUGGCUUUCCAGGAUAGCGAGGCGUUUGACACUGGCCUCUUGUCCGAUUUGGUCACACUGUUCAAGUCAUGGAAAGAUAGGAUCCCGUUCACCCUGCUUUUCGGCAUUGCCACCUCGGUUGAACUCUUCCAAGCGCGUUUGCCGAAGUCGACCAGCCAGAAUCUCUAUGGCGCCCAAUUCGAUGUCGUUCAGAUGUCAUCCGUUCUCGAGAACAUAUUCAAGGCUGCUGUCGCUCAUGCAGCGAAUCCCUUGAUUAUCGGACCAGGCCUGCUUCGUAAUUUGGUCGAGCGGCAGCAGAGUCAAGUUGCCGGCGUACAAAUCUUUAUGAACUCAUUGAAGUACGCCUAUAUGUGUCACUUCUACGCCAACCCUCUAUCAGUUCUGCUUUCCGAGGUGAAACCACAGCCAGAGCACCUUGAAGCCCUUCGGAAUCUUCCCUCGUUCCGGUCCCAUAUCGAGGAUGCCCUAGAGAAAGGAAGACUCGAUCACGUGCGAUCAAUGCUUGAUGACGACGCCUAUCUCCUGGCCGAGCAGCAGAGGACAGCUGAGAAAGUCACAGCGAAUUGGGAGACGCGGCUUCUCAAGUCUCUGUCGCUUCUCGAGGCUGGCGGGCUCCUCCAGGAAAGCUUCAUAGCCAUGUACACAAAUGCUCUCGAUGAUGGCAUUGAUCUGCAUUCCGAUGAGAGCGGCGUUCUGGAUUCGAUCAAGAAGAUGUCUCCUGAUGAAAUCCUAGCGAUUUUACAGCGCCUCUUGGAUACGGUCCGGAAUGGUAGCCGGGAGCUAGGCAUGAAAGGAUGGGCAUCUGAAGACAAGAAGUUCAUCCGCACUCUGUCCGACAUGCUGGAGCGAUUGGCUUCACUCCAAUCUCAGUCACAGUUGACCGGAAAGCCUCUGCGCAGCCAGUAUACUGCCCAGACCAAGCAACUCAGAACCACUGUUGUUGCACAGAAAGUACAAUUAAGCAGGGACGAGACGAGCCUAUCAGACGAAGACAAGGCCUUCACAGAACUAGUUAAUGGUCUUGUAGGAUCUCUUGCAGAUGGAAUAUCGUGCGAACCCGCCAGCACAAUCCUAUUUCACGAGCUAUGGAUGUAUGAAUCCACAUCACCUCACAAGGAUGUAUUCAUUCCGCGGCCCGGAGCCAUUUUCGAGCGUGCUCUCUCGAAGCCUCACGACUAUCUGGCUUGUGCUUGCUGUAGCACAGCUGAUGGGAACGCCUCCACGUUGCCGGCGACGUCGAUCCUGUACCACCUGUACGGGGAGGCGGGAGCGCUGGUCAACGUCGCUGACUUGUGGUCUGCCUUCCAUGCGCUCGUUGGCCGCGAUGACGACGAUGAAGAGAACCCGAAAUCGAGACCAGGAACCAAGGCGACUAAAUCGCGUGUCGAAAGCGGCCUUGACGAACGCACUGCUUUGCUUCUCUUCUAUCAGGGACUUGCGGAAUUGAAGGCAAUGGGGUUUGUCAAACCAACCAAGAAGAGGGCCGAUCACAUUGCUAGACUAAAGUGGUUAUGAAGCACGGUCUGGGCCGGAGUGUGAUUGGGAUGACUUGGUGACGGGCAGCUUUUCACGUGAAGAGAAACGGCUUUCGGCAUGGACCAUGAGAAACGGGUGUGCACCGAUUGGAUUUGUCCUAUUGCGGACGAGACUAAGUGUAGUUCCCGGCCAUUUGGCGGCUUGACUGCCAAAGCUGUCAUGAUGUCUCACCUCAUAAAGGUGCUUUCAUUGACGGUCACUGCGGCCGAAGAAGUUAAGGAACCGUGUGGCUCACAUGGCCGAUAUGAAAGACACAAAGGAGGUCCGAGGGCCUCUUAGAAACGGCUGGGCCCUUUUGCACAACCCCCCCAAGAAUUACUCUAAUGAAGGGGACCCGAAAAUACACAACAAAGACCAACUCCUGUAGCCGCGCCCUUACAAGUAGCACUCGUCAGCCCGCAAGACCAGACACGCAUGCCUCUUCGAUCUGCACUGAUCACCAUUUGGCGUUUAAUCAGGGAACCGAUUUGAUUCACGGUUCUCCGACACUCGACACAGAAACAGGGGACAAAUAGAUUGUUGCUGCUGGCA